UGUAGUCUUUUUUUUUUUUUUUUGAAGACUGGGCCGAGAGGACAGAGACUUCACUCGGGAGCCAGAAUCUGUUUUCAGCAUGGGAUUUUAAGAGAAGAGACAGAGGCUGUCACUGCAGUAGACACUGUCCUGGUCCUGGCUGCAUGGAAAAAAGAUGGGCUUUUACAAUUAAGGUUGGAAGAAGGUAGCAGAAUCCAUCUUGAGAUGAAAUAACGUGUACCUGGACCUCUGGCAGAAUUUCAAGGCACACACUGGGCUGACUCUGGGGCCAUGAUGUUGCCUUAUCCUUCAGCACUGGGAGAUGAAGACUGGGAGGAGAUUUUCCUUUCAAAGAAUGGGGAAAAUAUAGAGACCAUGAAGAAACUGGCUCAAAAUCGUAAAGCAAAAGGCUUGCCUUCUAAUGAUACUGACUGGCCCCAGGAAAAGGAGGAAAAGGUCCAAAUAGUGGUACCAGUUACAUUCAGGGGUGUGACUGUGAUCUUCACGGAAGCAGAAUGGAAGAGACUGAGUCCAGAGCAGAGGAAUCUAUACAAAGAAGUGAUGCUGGAGAAUUACAGGAAUCUUCUCUCAUUAGCAGAGCCAAAGCAAGAAAUCUACCCUUGUUCCUCCUGCCUUCUGGCCUUCUCUUGUCAGCAAUUCCUCAGCCAACAUGUGCUUCAGAUCUUCCUGGGCUUAUGUGUAGAAAAUCAUUUCCAUCCAGGGAAUUCUAGCCCAGGGCGUUAGAAACAGCAGGGGCAGCAGUAUUCCCAUCAAAGCUGCUGGUAUGAAAACACAGAAGAUUGGGAGAGAGGAGGUGGCUCCAAACCCUGGUCUGCAAGGACAGAGGAGAGAGAAACCUCAAGGGCAUUCCCUAGCCUACUCCAAAGACAGUCAGCAAGUGCCAGAGAAGGUAACAUGGUGGUAGAAAUAGAGCCCAGCUCAGCCCAAAGAACAAACUCUGUGCCCAAAGACUUGAAGGAAUUGGAAACCUUGAGAUUUGGAGCAAUCAACUGUAGAGAGUGUGAACCAGACCAUAGCCUGGAAUCAAACUUUAUUAUAAACCCAAGAACCCUCUUAGGGGAGAAGCCCUACAUUUGCAGUGAUUGUGGGCGAGGCUUUAAAGAUCUCCUCAUCAGACACCAUUGGACAUACUCGAUGGAGAAGCCUCAUGUGUGCUGUGAGUGUGGGCAAGGUUUUAGCCAGAAGUAUAACCUCAACAGACCCCAGAUAACACAUUCAGAAGAGAAGCCUUAUUUGUGCAGGGAGCGUGGGCAAAGCUUUAGAAAUAAGUCCAUCCUCAAUAGACAUCUGUGGAUUCACUCAGAGGAGAAGCCCUGUGUUUGCAGCGAGUGUGGCCGAGGCUUUAGCGAGAAGUCAUCCUUCAUCAGACACCAGAGGACACACUCAGGUGAGAAACCCUAUGUGUGCCUAGAGUGUGGAUGAAGUUUUUGUGAUAAGUCAACCCUCAGAAAACACCAGAGGAUUCACUCAGAGAAGCCUUAUGUUUGCAGGGAGUGUGGACGAGGCUUUAGCCAGAACUUAGAUCUCAUGAAACACCAGAAGACACACUCAGAUGAGAAGACUUAUGUUUGCAGGGAGUGUGGGAGAGGCUUCUGCGACAAGUCAACCCUCAUGAUACACAAGCAGACGCACUCUGGAGAGAAGCCUUAUGUGUGUGGUGAGUGUGGAUGAGGCUUUAGUCGGAAAUCAUUCCUUGUUGUCCACCAGAGGACACACUCAGGGGAAAAGCAUGAUGUUCGCAGGGAGUGUGGGCGAGGUUUUAGCCAGAAGUCAAAUCUUACCAGAUACCAGAGGAUACACACAAAUGAGAAGCCUUAUAUUUGCAGGUAAUGUGGGUGAAGCUUUUGUGACAAGUCAUCCCUCAUUGUACAUGAGAGGACGCACUCAGGAGAGAAGCCCUACGUGUGCAGUGAGUGUUGCCGAGGCUUUAGCCAGAAAUCACUCCUCCUUGUCCACCAGAGGACUCACUCAGGGGAGAAGCAUUAUGUUUGUAGGGAGUGCAGGCGAGGCUUUAGUUGUAAGUCAAAUUUCAUCAGGCACCAGAGGACACACUGAUGAGAGAAACCUGUGUAUGCAGGGAUCAUGGGCAAGACUUGAGUGAUCAGUCAAGCCUCAUGUUACCCCAGAGACACAUGGGGAAUAGAUCCUAUGUAUACAGAAUGUGAGUGAAGUUCCAGAGAUGUGUCGACCCUUAUCUGGCAUGGGAGAGACACAUUCAGGAGAGGAGCCUUAUGAGUAUAGAGUGUGCACAGAGGAUACACUGAGGAGAGAAGUUUCAUUUGUGUAGGGACCGUAGGAAGGAGGUCUUUGUUGCAGGGUGUAUGGGCAAAGCUUUUGUGAUCACACACCAAAUGGAGAAUCGGCAUGUGGGGACACUGUGGAGCUCUGCCCAGAUGACCUUUUCAGGGCUAACAGCUCAGCUGCCUGAGAGAACAGUGUUGCUGCUGGCAGAGAUGCCCUCCACUCUGGAACUCGCUCUCAGCCACAGGGAGCUGCACACCGUGGGGGUAUGCACGUUCGCAGGGGUAGCUCCUGGCCCCACCCCUUGACUCAACUGGGACAACUCCAGAAGCUCAUUCCAGAUCCAGAGGUCCCAGUCGAACUGAAGGAUCACUGCGUUGCAGACACACUGCAGGUCAGCCUCGUUCUCUGCCCAGUCCUGCCCUCACUUCCCAAUGAAUCCUCAAUUUUCCAUCUCAUUGUCUCUCCAGAGAAUUGAUUCUAAGACAUCUUAGGUACAUAAGGAAUGUGGAUAAGUCUUCAGCCAUGAGUGACCCCUUACUAAACCCCAGAGAAUAGAAAUACCUCUGCAUGUGUGGGGAGAAUGGACAAGGACUUAGGAAAUAGGUGCACCUCAUCAAAGAACAGCCUUUUUUGGGACAAACUUGACAUGGGUGAGGAGGGAAAAUGUGAAACACAUUAGCAGUAAGUUAAACCUCAUCUUAUACUAGAGGAGGACACACUCAGGGAGAAGACCUGUGUGGGCAGGGCUUGUGGGUGGAGCUUCAUCUGAUGCCCCUCCUCAGCUGACUUAAGAGGACUAUCUUGCCACCCCAAGUCACCACCUCACUCACCUCUGAGGGGUUUUCAGGAGAUGUCUUGACUCCAUCAUGUACUCUGUAUGUCAGCGAAGAUCGAAGUAACUGUUAAAUAACCAUUUUUUCUGCUUCUUGGAAUCAGAUGGAAUAAAAAAGGCUUGCCUGUGCCCCAAAGGGUUAUUCCUGCUUGCCUAGUGACUGUGGACCAACUCUGGCCUGCACAACCUUCCCCCUCAAAACUUUUCUGCUGUCCAGUAGGCUGCAAGCACAUCUCCAAUAAGGACUGAACCCUAGCCUUGGGUAGGGAGUCCUCCUUCCAAGUUUAUCCUUGGGUAAUCCCCCUCAGCUGUGGGAUUUUUUUUUUCUUAGUAUUUAUAUUUAUCUUUGCAAAAUAAUUUUUUUUUUGAGGCGAAGUUAUGCUCUGUUGCCUAGGCUGGAAUUUAAUGUCUCGGCUCACUGCAAUCUCUGCUUCCUGGGUUCAAGUGAUUCUCCCUGCCUCAGCCUCCUGAGUAGCUGGAAUUACAGGCGCCUGCCACCAUGCCAAGCUAAUUUUUGUAUUUUUAGUAGGGAUGGGGUUUUACCAUGUUGGCCAAGCUGGUCUGGAACUCCUGACCUCAGGUGAUCUGCCCACUUCAGCCUCCCAAGGUGCUGAGAUUAUAGGCAUGAACCACCAUGCCUGGCAAAAUAAUUCUUUAAAUUACUAUAUGGUUUCUGUCUCCUCAUCAAACCCAGAUUGAUACAGGUGUGAAGGUAUAUGUGUGUGUUUUUAAAAUGAGGGCAAAGACAUGAAUUUUGACUGCAUUUAUUUAGUGAGCCCAGAGAUAAGCCAAAGAAAUAAUGCAGGUCAAAACUAUUAAUUAUGAAUACUCAACUGAGGCUGUGACCUUGAAUCUAGACACAGAAAUCUAAUGGUCUGUAUCAGAAGUUGGCGAACUGCAGCCUAAAUGCCAACCCUGGCUGAUCACAGGUUUUUGUGUGUCCUUGAGCUAAGAAUGGUCUUUACAUUUUAAGUGGUUGCAAAGAAUUUAAAGAAUAAUAAUAUUUUGUGACAUAUAUUUGUAUACAUAAAUAAAAUUGUAUUGGAACCCAA